UGGGAUCAUGAGAUGGAGAGACGGCGCAAGUAGCAGGGGGCUUAAGUUCCCGGGUACAAGAGAUGAGUUAUCCUCGAUGAUUUCCACUGGACCACCCUUCUGUGCUCGAGGGUCAAAUUACCAUAAAGUCACCAUGUCUACAGCCCCCCUUCCUUUUUCUUUUUCCUUUUCUUUUCCUCCUCCAUUUCAAUGCCUCACGGGUUCUCAAGCGGAGUGACAGACAAGAGUUCAUAUUGCUUUUCCUAAUGAUAUCAUCCACAGAACUGCCGCCAAGAAACAUCACACCUUUUUUUUUUCCCCCUUCCCAACAGGCCAACCGCAUGAAUUAUGGUGUAAGUAUAACUUUACGGCAGCCGCCUUAUUUACAAUACGGUAGCAUUAAUCGGACCGCGACCGCUUAAUGCGCCAAUGAAAUUGGUAUAUCGAGCUGAGCUGGACUGAAUUGGUCGUUAAUGCUUUCAGUCGCCGGGACGAGUACUCGAGCUCCGUACUCGAGUACUUCCUAUUUAUCCGACACACGACUGACUCGACACGACAGAGCGGUUGCUGCAGAAGGGCAAGCAGGAAGAGAGAAAAAUGCGUGACAUACGAGCACUUCCGGUCACUGUUGAAACCCGUGACAUAAGGUUCCGCUAACAGCACUGGUGGCUUCGACGGUAACUCCAUACGAGUAUGGAUACUCUACAGUGCUAUUGAGUCCAAACCGAUUGCGUCACCAGCCACUCUACUCGAGUACUCGUACAUAGUACUACAAAAAAAGCAAAGCAAAGCAAUUCUCACGAAUCCAGACCUUAUACUCGAGUACUAGAAUAAUCCAAUCCACCUUCACUUCGCUUGCCGAAUAAUUACAAAUUAACCCAAACAGGAAGUACUCGGCUUCUUUCUGAGCACUGCAUUGCAGUAUUUGUAACACGUUGACAUGGGUGAGUAAUUCACUUGCUAGGCCGUUUACCUGGCGAAUGUCAGCACGCGGUGAGGGUUAAUUAGGUCACAAUAGUACUCGCGGGCUACGCUUACGUUAUCACGCUAUUGCUGUGUUCGGGGGGGGAAUUCCAAAUACUUCAUGAUUCGGCAUGGAUUUGUCGUGUGGCGGCAUAUGCGUGAUGGGUGGACGGGCUUUCUCUUGUUCCAUGUUUGAGGUGUUUGCCUGUGAUCGAUCGGUUAGCAGGGGAGGGCGGACUUUGGUGUGGUGUGAUUAAUAUCAUAGCGUACGGAGUUGGGAACUUGGAAGGAAGAAGUGUAUAAAUAAGAGGGAGAGGUAAGGAGAGAGAGGUAGGUAGGGUGGACCUCUGUCAACUGUUUAUCCAUUUAUGAUAUCAAAUCCUGUUAAAUUCCAGUCUUGAGGUUGAUAACUCGCUCGGUGGUAGGAUAUUGGGGUACAAAUCUAACUACCAUAACCUACGGUACCGCUCGCUUCAAUUCGGUUGUCACGCUAUAAUACCGAUAGUCGAAGCUUAACUUAUUGAGUUACGUCAUUUUCCUUCCUUCCACACGUUAUCAUAUCAUACCAUAUAAAUCUCCUCGCCCACCAUUCCCCCCCCUCCCCCAAACAAUCAACCAAUCCAUCACCAUACAAAUCCAUCUUCUUCAGCGAGACUCCUUCUCCCCAAUGGCGAAAACAUUCCCGGAAUCAUCAAUGGUCAUCCGCGCCAUCUCUCCCAACAUCACCACUUUGUCCGUUCCCUUCCUCCGUUUCAACAAAGCGAAGUUUGGCGGCAGGGCUACCAUCGUAAAACUCCCAACCGGGGGCCUAGCCGUCUUCUCCCCCGUCGGCCUAACCAACGAUGCAAAAUCUGCCGUCGAAAACAUGGGCGGAAGGGUCAGCUACCUGAUCGCCUCGGACAUAGAGCACCACAUGAACCUGGGACCCUGGAAGCAAGAGUACGCCUCGGCGACCGUGAUCGGGCCCGAGGGGCUCUACGAGAAGCGCAAAGCGCAAGGGAACGAGGAUGUUCCCAUAGACAUCACUUACACGAAGGAGAAUAAGCACUCUUUGAAGCUACCAGAUGAACUGGGGAGUGUGUUCGAUGUGGAGUAUUUCGACGGCCAUCAGAAUAAAGAACUGGUCUUCAACUACAAGCCCGAGAGAACAAUGAUCCAAGCGGACCUGGUAUUUAAUCUCCCUUGUUACGAGCAGUUCUCCAAAUCCGGCAUGGAUGCCACGAGCGGAAUCUGGACUAAAAUUGCCCACCACUUUUUGAAUAUUCACGGUAAGGGGCAACAGAGGUUUCAUUGGUAUGUCUCCCCUGCGAACAAGCCUAGCUUUGCCGAGUCGGCGAAGGUGGUUGCAGGGUGGGAGUUUGAUCGCAUCAUCCCGUGUCAUGGGGAGGUUAUCGAGAAUGGGGGGAAUGAUGUUUUCAGGAGGAUCUUUGCCUGGAAUUUGAAGGUCUGAGUCGGUUGGGCUCACCCGGAGGAUUUCCUUUCUUUCCCCCUUUCCCUCUCCUCUUUCCUUAGCAUAACUGUUUUCGUCAUGGGGCUGGUUGCUGGUUUGGGGGUGUAUUUUAGUUUUAAUACGGUACUUGCAGUC